UGUGUGACUGCGCAAGACUUGAUAAGUUACGGUUCCGCGUGGUAGUCCGCGGCUUACACUGCAGUCUCUGUGCUGAAGUUUCGGGGCUGUUAUUGAUCAUCUACGCUAGCUCCUUGCCUGUUGCUUGUUAAAGGGAAGACAACUACUUCAGCUGCACCCGCAUCAAGUUAUUACCAUGGCGAACCCUAAUGAAGACACGGAAUGGAACGACGUUCUCAGGCAAAAGGGAAUCCUGCCCCCGAAGAAAGAAGCGGAAAAGACAUUCACCGAGGACGAGAUAGUGAACAUCGUCGAGUCAACAGUUCGAGAAAAGCUCAGUGGUGCUGAAAAAGCCAUCGAAGACAUGACCCUGGAAGAGCUUGAAGAACUUGAGGAUGAAGAGGAUGAAAGAGUGCUUCUGGAGUACAGACAAAAGCGUCUCGCCGAGAUACAGGCUACAAUGCUAAAGUCUCGAUACGGUGAUGUACGGGACAUCUCUGCAGAUGACUACGUGGAGCAGGUGAACAAGGCCGGUGAUGGAGUUUGGGUCGUCCUCCAUCUCUACAAACCUGGCAUUCCAUAUUGCACACUGAUUAAUCAGCAUCUCAACCAACUGGCACCAAAGUUCAAGACCACCAAGUUCCUGAGGAGUGUGUCAUCCAACUGCAUCCCAAACUACCCGGACCAGAACCUGCCGACCAUAUUUGUGUAUCGUGAUGGCCAACUGAAGAAGCAGUUCGUCGGGCCCAAUGUGUUUGGAGGAAUGAAGUUGAAAGUAGACGAGCUCGAGUGGAUGCUUGCAGAAGUUGGUGCAGUCGAAACAGACUUGGAGGAAGAUCCCCGGCCGAAGACGAGGGACGUCCUCUUGAGCACCUUGAAGGCAAACUACGAUGAGGCCAAUGACUGGUGAAGCAGACCGCUCACCCAAGUCUAGGAACAUUUUUUUACCUCCGCAAGGGUUUCAGUCUGUCGUGUGGCCUUACCUUAAUUACGGGACAUUGUUGCAAACUAUGAAGAUCAACACAGCCUUUUUACAUUGCUCAUUUGUGACCAAAGCAGCCUGUGCUUUGUGUUAAAGGAGUACUGACACCUUUUUUCGAAGGCGAGUUUACUGUGCCAUACAUAUCUCCUGUAUGCAGAGACGGCUCUGAGCAAGUGUGAAGGUCAGAAAAUGCUGAUAAGGUAUUUUAAUUUGAUAUUAAAGUCAAUUUUUCCAUGGCGCACCUACUGACAUUGACACUAGCUUGACGUCAGGCUACAGUACAAAUUCUGGUGACUUCACGCAGCAGUCUGGGUAUUUGUGAUGACGUUAGGUACCAAAACUUCCAAGAUGGCCGCUUGUGCGUCAUCAAAACUUCCAAAAUGGCCGCUUGUGUGUCACCAACGGAGUCACGUUGCGGAGCGGCCAUGGAAACGUCACUGUAUAUUGUGCGAGCACGUGACGAGAAGCUCAUACCGUGCUGUGACGUCAGGGUACAGUAGGAACCGAAACUAGCUUUUAAAAACAUACUGUAAUUACUUUUUCAGGGCGAACUCGCGCUUAGCACUACCUUUUCUAGGCUCUUGUGGGCUUGAACUUUCAUUUGACGCAAAAAAACAACAACUGAAAAUAUUCGUGUCAGUACCCCUUUAAAGAUGCACUGUGUGCCUGUUGUUUGUGCAUUUUAAGUGUGGCAACCUAAUGGGCCUCAAGAUUGAAGAUCUAUGUUCAACUCCCGGCUACAGCGGCAGCAUUUUGAUCAGUGUGAAAUGUAGGAAAAUCGUGGGCUGUGCUUAAAUUUUAAAGGGGCCCUGCAACACUUUUUUAAGUAGUCAUCUAAUGGAUUCAUUAAGAUAACUUAUUGCCUCACGAAUCAACCAGCGCAAAAAUUUUUAGAAUGCGUCAAGUACGAGCGGAGUUACUGGCAUUUGCCGCACGCUUUAAGCGCUUUCUCUCUUUUCGUACCACUGAGCACGCUCAAAGCUAUGCAGUGAGGAGGAUGACAAGGGGAAACAAGGUGCGUCCCUUCACCAGUGCGCGUCAUGACCUUGAGCACUUUCUUUUCAUUUUUUCUUCAAACGUGCGACUUGCUUUCAGUGUGAUCGCGAGUGCGCGUGGGCACAUCGUGGCAUCCCUCGGCGGCCGUGGUAAUUACGCAGCUCGCCAUGCUGAAAUCAGCGAACGGCCGUGGAGUUGGAUGUACGGCGCCGCGAUUUGGAUAUAUGGCAUCAUUUGUAGAGAGAAGAGGGAGCGAUUUCUAGCUUAUUUUAUGAAUUAAUUGUAAAUUCCAGGCUGCGUGCUCCGCUGUGAUGUUUGGCUUGCAUGUUCUCAGGAGCCUCGACUACCGAUCAGCAGCAUUUUCUGACCAUGAUGAAAAAGUGUUGCAGGGUCCCUUUAAGGGCAUGUUAACCCUUUACUGCCGGUUGUCGCGAAUUCGCGACAUACCGAAAAACGCCGAUUAAUUAACAGACGAAACGCGUUGAUGCCUUCACCGGCGGCCGUCACGUAUUUGCGGCGAACGUAGCUUUCAGCACGAGACAUCUAGCGCCAUUGCAUGUAAGGUAUUGCAAGCUGGAACCCAGUGUUGUGUAUCAGUUGCCGGAGAGCGCGAAGCACGUGCAACAGCUCUCACUUCUUCGUUGUUUUCUGCGCGAGAACGUAAGUUCCAUCUCCUACAAAAUUUUUGCGAUGUGCACGCCUACAAGAGAUUGCACACGACAUGUUACGUUGUUUUGAAGUACGUUAUUUCCUGCGCAAUCCUCGCUUCUGUGGUAUGUCGCGAAUUCGCGACAUCCGGCAUUUGAGUCAGUCAGUGAUGACUGCUGGUAUGACAAGUUCAUGAUGGACUUCCGCUCAUUUUACGGCGAAGAAAGGCUUCGCAGGCGCUUGCCACCUGAAGAUAAAAGUGACGACAUUUGUCUCAAUGACAGCGAAGACGACGAUGUCGAUCCUCAUGCACAAGCACGAGUGUCUUCAUCGAGCAGUGAGGAUGAAGACGAAGAUGUGGUAGACCAGCCAAGCUAGUGCCUCUUCAAAACAUGCAGUGCGGUUGAAAAAAAAGACUGUCAAGAACAGCGGGAAGUGCCACACUAGAAAACAGCUCAUCCUCAAUGUGACACUGUCCGAGCUCCUAUUGAAUAUUUCAAGGAAUUUUUAUGACACCUUCACACCACACAUAGUUCAGCAGAGCAAUCUGUUUGCGACGCAGAAAAAUCCGAACAAAGGACUGGCUCUGUCUCGUGGUGAGCUAGAUCUAUUUCUCGGUGCCGUCACACUCAUGUCAUUCUGUCGGCUCCCAAGAACUCGGCUAUACUGGGCGGCGGAGUCUAGGGCACACAGGGUGGCCGACACGAUGUCACGUGAUUGGUAGGAGGAAAUAAUGUCAAACUUGCAUUUACCAAAAAUGACGACGCCAAGUUACGUCGCCCUGAAGAGAUCCGCUUCAUUGAUGCGGCGAUGCCGUACUUGCGUUGCAUUGAACAUAUUGAGCUACUAUUGGCUUAAGUGCCGGUUGUCGCGAAUUCGCGACAUACCUAAAAGUAUGCAUUAACGUUGCAUUUUGGAUAAUACAACUGCUGAUUUAAGUUAAGGGUGCUAUUUAAAGCUGAAAAAUGAAAAACAAAUUUUUUUCUUCGGCGCUUUCAUAAUUCAGGCAUUAAAGGGUUAAAGAACCCCAGGUGGUCAAAAAUCAAUAUGGGAGUUCCCCGCUACGACGUGCUUCAUAAUCAUGUUGUGAUUUUGGCACAUAAAGCCCCAGAAUAACUAAAAAAAAGAUGCAAUAAAACCAAGUGGACUUUUGGACUUUACUGUGCAGUUUUGCCGCCUUUGUGGUGUCUGCCAACACACAUCAGUCAUUGCUAGGCUUAUGCAGUUAAAAUUAGGAGCCCUUAUUUUGUGUUAGUUCUGGGAAAAAGGUUUCUUAAUGACAGAGAUAAUGAAGAUCGAGUGUCUUCUCUUCAAUUUCAUCCUAAACCACUGAUCUUGCAUUGUCACAGAUGUCAUGGCAUCAUUGCAUACUUAGGUGGCUUUUGUUGAACAAUUUUAUUGUUUCGUAAUGCAUUGUAUUUGUUUGUAAUGUAACACACUGUAAUGAUUUUUAAAGUAAUCCAGUGCUUUGACCAGUCUUUAUAGAAACCUGUUUUUUUGCCCUUAGAUGGUGUCAAAAUCUUUGAAGUUAUGUAGUUGACAUAAUUUUUUUUGGUACCAAGUAAAUGUUGUUUUCUUCUGGCCAAAUUCACAAAGAUAGCUUCAUGUUUGUUGCCCUUCACAUGAACGGGAAAAAACCAGGUUUGUUAAUCUGAAAGUGGGAAUGAAGGAAAAAAGAGGAAUGUUAUUUUUCGCUUACAGUUACAAGGAAGCAGUAGUGCAUUUGGAAGGAGCUUGAUAAAUGUCAGUGUAUGUGUGUCGGCAUGUGCAGUGUAAGAAAGCAUUGAGCAUAUGAGUGAAAAAUUCUAACGUAUGGGUAGCACAAGUGCCUCUAUGAAAACGUGGCUAUGAAAUGCAUUUCGGAGAGCUGGAGUGCUGGAGUGUGAAAAGUGUGUGUGGUGUACGGAAGGAAAGAACUUGAGUCAUGUAGUUGGCAAACAGUGCAGUAACAGUUCAUUUCUGAUGAUUCACUGAAGAAUUAUUCAAGUCAAUUCAUGUAGUAUCGCCCGAAAUGUCUCAAUGUCACGUUGCUAACUUAAAGGGACACUGAAGAGAAAAGCAUUUUUUUUUCUCGCAUUAGUUCAUUACUUUUUCACAAUACCAAAAUCGCAACUCUUGCUGCGAGGAGACGCUUGGCAAGUGAGAAAACACGCAAAAAGAAAAUGCAAGUGACGAUGCCACUUUGAAGUCUCCGCACCUACUUGCUGUGAUGUCGUAGAUAUUGAUGGUGUCUGCUAAGGACUGCGUGCAAAAAAAAUGCAGAAAUCCAUUAUGUCAAAUUGACAUUCAUGUGCAGUUAUCUUGGCAAGAAGUUUAAAAAUUAAACUUUGACCUCAAUUUUAUCUUCUAUUAAUAAACCUGCAAUGGUGAAAUUAACAACACUAGAAUGCUUAAAGAAGAAUUUAUCAGUCUAAAUGGAUUCACUGUUUCGCUUUAGUGUCCCUUUAACUAAUGUAUGUGCUAUACACACAUAAUUGGUCUGCAUAGGAAGAAAACAAUUUUUUUUCUAGACAUUCGGGCCAAAGUGGCCUGGUGUACAGUAGGCAUGAGUAGUUUUAUGGGUUGGUUUUGCACGAUAGCCUAAUUUUCAAAAGUCUUUAUUCCUGCAGUGAGUGAAACUAUGCAACAAGCGUGUUUGCUCAUAACAGUAUUAAACUGAACAUCUGAAUACCAUGGUGCAUGCCAAGAAUGAAGUUCAAGUGUAGGUGUUAUUUAUCUCCAAAUUCAAUUUGCUCGAGAGCUGCACAACUUUGCUCUUGCUUUCUGGCUCUUACAAGCAUGAUGUCAGUAAGGUAAUAUUACUCAAAUUUAAUGUUGGUCUGUCAACCUCUGAAAGUCACCUGUGCCCUUUAAAUCUCUCUGAAUACAUGCCAAAGGACCUCAAAACAUCCUUUGAACCUCUUUUAAUAUAUUUUUCCAAUGCAAGUGCCUUGGAUGGUAUUUCAUACAGUAUUUCAUCAUGUAGACAAGUAUUCACAGCCUCGAUUUGUUUGCAUCAUAUGGCCGCAUGCUUCCUGGUUCGUGCUUUAUACUGACCUCAUAUGAACAUUCUAUUCUGAUGACACACUGUUUCUUAUUAUGUGGUAAUCACUGCAAGAAUCAUGUAGUAAAGCUUUUAGCAGGGUUCUUCCUUUGGGCAUACUGUCUGCUGAGCAUGUUUUUUUCUAGAGACUGUUGGUUGUGUAUUUCAUUGUUCUAUUUAUUACGCUGAAAAACCAAAUAAAUAUUAUACAAAGAG